AUGUCGACAUUAGAGAAAAUAAUAAUUCGAAGGCCUAUCGUAGAUGAUCUUCUUAUCACGUCCAAAUUAUUAGAUGAUGCCAUAGAAAGUUCAUCAACUGAAGAUAUAGUACAACAACGAUUGGAACGAUGGUCAACAGGAUUUGAGAAAGAUUCCUCAUAUCUUUUUUAUGUUGCUGAGAAUGAGAAGAAGAACAUAAUUGGAUGGUGUUCUGGUCGAAAAACACUUGAACAUAAAUAUCAACAUCGUGGAAUUGGUAGAGAAUUAUGGAAAAUUAUUUGGAAUGAAAUACUUAAAAGAUUUCAUCCAAAAAAUUUUGUUGUAUGGGGAGUUGAUAGAGAACAUACACAUCAAUUUUAUCGAUCACUUGGUGGUACACCAAUGGGAACAAAAAAAGUAGAUGAUAUGCUUAUGACUGCAUAUGUAUGGAAUGAUCUUAAACCAUAUGAUUCAACUAGUUUUGUAAUAUUUAAAUAA